AUGGUCUCUAGUGUUAUGUUAGAAUUUCUAGGAUUUCUAUUCCUUGGUGUCUGUGUUUGUCCCAUGGAAUGUGCAAUGGAAGCAAACGGUACAAACCCGACUACUUCGACACCCGACGUGAGUACCACGUCACUGCCGUCCUCGAGUGUAAUUUCGUUUGAUCAUGUAUCCCCGAAUGAUACUGAAACAAAUCCCACAAGCCAGGCUAACUCGACAGCCGACGUAACUGUGACAACCGUGAAAUCUGUAAAUCUGAAAACGUCAACAACGUCAAGUGCAAAAACGUCAACAACGUCAAGUGCAAAAACGUCAACAACGUCAAGUGCAAAAACGUCAACUUCGACAAAGUCUGCUCAACAGCUAGAGGAAGAGAAACGUAAACAGGAAGAAGAGCUGAGACGGAAGAAUAUCAACAACAGUAUAGCGUCAUUAGUCAUAAUUGCAGGCAGUCUUCUCCUUAUAUGUGUGGCAUCUUUUGCCAGCAAAUUGGACAAACCGACCAAGAAGCUCCAAACUCAAACACAGACUUUCAUUCCCAAAAUGAACAGAGCCCAUUGUGGUUCGUUAGAGGAUAUUCAUACCUUCCCCAAGCAGAGCACUUAA